UAGCUUGCGGUACGGUAAACGAAAUACACGUGCGGUUCGAUUUUAAUCACGAACGAGAGAGAGUCGCAUCGAGAGAGAUCGAAAGCCUCGAAAGAUCGUUCCCUCAGCGAUUUUGAAGGAAAAACAUUUUUUCUUUUGCUUCUCUCUUCUUUGAAAUUUGAAGGUAUGAAAAUUGGUUGGCGAGCAUUUCUUUAAAAGAAAAGGAAGGAAAGGAAAGGAAAAGCGGGAGGAAGAAAUGAAGAGAUCGAGGAUGAAUUGGAGGAUUCUGGUCGUUGGAUUUUCGAUGAUGUUGGCGAUGAUGGUGGAUACUUGCACGGCGAAUAACGAUACCUGGGACAAGAUUCGCGAGAAGAAGGCGAGGUUGGUGAAGAAAUUGAAGAAGGAUUUCCGCAAGUUGAAGAAGCAGGAAGGAGCCGUGAAGUUGGUGGGCGGCGAGAACGGUGGACACGAAGGAAACGUGGAAAUACUUCACGACGGGAAAUGGGGCAGCGUGUGCGACGACGAAUGGGAUUACUUGGAGGCCAAUGUGGUUUGCAGGCAAUUAGGCUUCGACGGUGCAAUUAAACCGACAGCGAACGGUCACUUUGGCCAGGCCAGAAGUGAGAUAUUGCCCUUUCGUUUCAUCCAAUUGGGGAAAAUAAAAAGAAAACGUGAAAUAUUAACGUUUGUUGCGUAUGAAAUGAUUGUUGAAAUUCACCGUUGUCGAUUAUACGUGGAAUCAUUUGCCACGCAUUUAGAAGCAUUAUUUUACCUCUUCAAAGAAAUAACUUUUUCUUUGAAACUUGAAAAGCUUUCAACUUCGAAGUUUUCCUACUUACGUAAAUAUAUUAUAUCAACAUAUGUAUUGAAACAAAAGAAGGAAAGGAAAGAUGCUGUAGAAAGAUGUAUACGUAUAAACAAAAAUUCCAAAUUCAUCCCAAAACUAAAAAAUCCUUUAGGUCCCGUGGAAAACGUGGGCAGCGUAGUGUGCCUUCGAGACAUGCCAGAUCUAGUGUUCGACCACAUAGAGCUUAUGCGAACGGCCCAUCUCGAGGACAGACAGCUGUACUGGUUGCAAUGCGCCAUGGAGGAGAACUGCGUCGCCUCGCAGGCUUAUAAAAUUCAAAAGGAAUCGGAAAACUGGCACUUGGAGACCAGGAGGCUUCUACGAUUCACCGCGAGGAUCUUGAACGCGGGAACCGCAGACUUCCGGCCGUCGGUGCCGAAACACCUUUGGGAGUGGCACAUGUGCCAUAUGCAUUACCACUCGAUGGAGGUGUUCGCCACGUUCGACGUGUUGGACCUGAACGGGACGAGGCUCGCGGAGGGGCACAAAGCGUCCUUUUGCCUGGAGGACAAUCAAUGCCUGCCCGGUGUGGAGGCGAGGUACAAAUGCGCCAAUUACGGUGACCAAGGGAUCUCCGUGAAUUGUAGCGAUAUAUACAGGCACAACAUCGAUUGCCAGUGGGUGGACAUAUCGGAGCUUCGCCCCGGGGAGUACAUUUUCAAGGUCGGCGUGAAUCCUGAGUUCAAAGUGGGCGAGAUGUCGUUCGACAAUAACGCGGCAAUUUGCCGCCUUCUCUACACCGAAUCGUUCGCAACUGUGCACAGUUGCGUCAUGGCUCGUCCUUGACAUCCCCCUCCCCACCCCCUCGUUACGCCAGGUCAUCCUACAAGCGGCGCCAUUUUGAAGGAGUAACGAUCUCUCUUCAACUUGCGAGAAACGUUUCGAGAGACGAAUUAAAAAAGAAGGAUAUUCCAUUUCAAUAAAUUGUUAAUAGUUUAUUCGAUUAGUUUUGAAAUUAAUGAUAAUGAUAAAUCUCCAUUGAUAGGGAUUUAUCCUUAAACGAUAAUUAAAGAGGAAUUGAUAUGUAAUGGAAUCAUAGUGUUAAGAAUAUCUGAGUA